UGGGACUUGCAUCGUUCCCUUGCAGAGACUGUUCUUCCUCCUGAGAUGGCAGCAGAAAUACCUGAAGUCUCCUCCCUGGCAUCAGAGGCCAAAAAAGCUUUCAAGUCGGCUUUUGGCAGUGAACCGGAUAUUGCUGUGUCAGCCCCUGGGAGAGUGAACAUCAUUGGAGAACACACAGACUACAAUGAUGGUUUUGUUUUCCCAAUGGCCUUACCUCUUGUCACUGUUUUUGUGGGUAAGAAAACAGCAACUGGCCUUUGUCGCAUACUGACCCUCUCGGAGUCUGCUGACAAGCCAUACCAGGUGGAGUUCGGGGUCCCCUCGACAGCCACACCUCUCACUCCUGGGAAACCUGAUUGGGCUAAUUACGUCAAAGGAGUCGUGGCCAACUUCCCAGGUGAUAUUAGUGGGUUUGAUGCUGUGGUUACAACUUCUGUUCCACUGGGAGGUGGACUUUCCAGUAGUGCAUCACUUGAGGUUGCUACAUACACUUUCCUGGAAGCUCUUACUGGAAACAAAGCUGCCAGCUUGCAGGCAAAGGCUCUCGCAUGCCAGAAGGCGGAGCACGACUUCGCCAACAUGCCAUGCGGGAUUAUGGAUCAGUUCAUCUCUACCAUGGGGAAAGCAGGCUGUGCUCUGCUGAUCGACUGCAGGUCGCUUGAAUCCAGUCUGGUACCACUGGAUGACCCUUCUGUGACCUUUGUGAUCACCAACUCCAAUGUUAGACACACACUAUCUGGUUCUGAAUACCCCACCCGCCGUCGACAGUGCUACGAAGCUGCAGCUGCCCUUGGCAAAAAGAGUUUGCGUGAUGCCACUCUGGAAGACCUAGAGAAGUGCAGAUCAUCCCUGAGUAAAGAAGUGUACUGCAGGGCAAGGCAUGUCAUAUCAGAAAUUCAGCGCACAUCAGAGGCUGUCACUGUGCUCAAAAAGGCAGACUAUGCAACCUUCGGAAAGUUGAUGACAGAGUCACAUGAUUCCCUCAGGGACGACUACGAGGUGUCAUGCCCCGAGCUCGACCAGCUAGUUUUGUCUGCGCUGGAGGUGCCUGGGGUCUUCGGCUCCAGGAUGACAGGCGGAGGCUUCGGAGGAUGCACCGUCACGCUGGUGAAACAAGAAAGUGUGGAAAGUCUUAUCUCUCACACAGUCCAGAAAUACAGUGGCAAGCCGACCUUCUAUGUAUGUUCGCCUUCAGAAGGAUCACAGCCAGCUUGCACUGUAGUCUGUGUUGCAGGAAACCACAAGAAGCAGCCAAUUAAUGCUAUAUUUUUUCUGAUUAAGGGGCAUUUAUUUUUUAAUAUUCCUAUCAUUCAAGUAUAUAAUGUAACAACUCAUCAUAGAAUACAUUUUGAAUAUAUUCAGAUAUCUGAAUAUGUUGUUUUUUUAUCCUUUCUCUGUUAG